AUGUCCGAAUGUCUCACAACGCCCGUCCGGCUACAUUCAUGGCUACGGCCACACGCACCCUCCCAAAAGGUCAGCCAACAAGAUGAGCAGAUUUGCCAAGCAAGCCUGAUUAUCUAUCGUCUGGGUCCUUCUUACAAUGUGUUAGCUGUCGUGAAGGAUCGAGACCAAGGAGUAGAGCAAAAGUUAGUUUCGCGAAGCUCUGUACUGGGUGUGGAAGGGGUCGAGAAGCUCUUGCAACUGUUUAGCGUGGCGCGGAAGGGGGUGACCUGGGAGUUGUCGGGGUUGCCAGAAGCUCUAGGAAGCUCUGCGAAGCUCUUGCAACUUGUUGAGGUGCAACUGCUCUGUCUGCCGUGCACUUGCACACUCACACACACACACAGAGCUGAACCCCUCUUUCCUGUCUAG